AACAUCUAAACGAUGGCUUUGUGCUGUUAGGUUUAUUCGGCUCAUAAAGGCUAACUAAUUUAUAUGCGAGAUAAUGUCUAUCUCUACGUAGAUUUCGGCAUUUUAAAGGGGUAACACCCCGCUCUCUCCGAAUGGCGGGUCAACGCCGUCGCGGCGUUGUUGUUUGGUGUACGUGCUGCCGCACAGGGACGUAAUUUUGAGGGGGAGCGGAGAAAAGAAAAAGUAGAACGGACGCACGUUAUCGUUCUGAAACAAGCGUAAGCUACACUGGGAGAGGAGUCAGGAUGGCACAAACCGAGGUGACGACAGUCUCCAUGGGGGACCUGAUGGUGAUGAAGGCUCCUGAGGAAGAGGAUGGUGAUGACAACGAAAGCAAGACACAGGUCAUCCUCCAGCUACAACAAAUCACAACAGGUAUGGAUGAGUCGGGAGAGGCAGACACAGCUGUUGAGGCACACCCAGAAACCACCGUUGACGGGGAGGACGUGGAGUUGGGUUAUCCCAUCACAUGUGGAGAGUGUAAAGCUGUGCUACUGGUCAAGAAGUUUGUCUGUCCUGGAAUAAACGUCAAAUGUGUCAAGUAUGAAGACCAGCUGAUCAGUCCCAAGCAGUUUGUCCACAUGUCUGGGAAGGCUACACUGAAGGACUGGAAGAGAGCUAUCCGGAUGGGCGGGGUCAUGCUCAGGAAGAUGAUGGACUCGGGGCAGCUAGACUUCUAUGAACACAGCACUCUGUGCACCAACACGUGUCGUAGCACCAAGUUUGACCUGCUGAUCAACAACACACGCUUCCCCCCAGACGGCAGUGGCCUCACCACAUCCACCUCCUCACAAGCCCAGGUGGUGAUUGGUAAUGGUGGCCAGGUUGCCAUGACAACAGAGGAGAGGUCAGAGGUUCUGACCGGAACAGUGGAGUGGAGUUCAGGGGCCGUAGCAAUGGAGACGACAGAGAAGAAGGAAACCAGUGAGAUAUCAGAGGAGACGUUGAACUUCUGGAAAGGCAUAGCUGACGUGGGCCUAAUGGGGGAGGUGGUGGACAACAUCAGGACAGAGCUGCUGGAGAUGCUGAGAGGAGUGCAGCUACGCAGCGAGCAGGCUGCCAUGCAGGACGCAGAUUCCUGUCUGGUAGAGGUGGCAGUGUUGAGUAACCUGGCCCAGGUGUUCGGCCUGCUGGACUCGGUCAAACACAUCCUGAACGUAAGGAGAGAACAGACUGACCCUGGAGAGGAGCAGGUCCUUAGCACACUGACCAACCUGGAGCUGCAGCUGGAGGAACAGAGACGACAGCAGCACGCCAGAGCUCAGCUCUGCCUCCCCCAGCCCCUCAACAACAUCAGCCACACCCCAGGAGGCAAACCCACCAAGCCCAAGGCCAAACGCCCACGUCUGCAGCGGCCAGCCUCCACCACCACCCUCCUCACCUCCUCCCUCUCCCAGCCCCAGACAGCCACCUUGCAGCCCCAGCAGUUCACUAUCCUCUCCCCCAUUUCAUUCUCCUCCAUGGGCCAGCCCUUCUCCCUGUCCGGCCUGUCAGGCCUCCCAAUGGCCACACUGGGUCAACAGAACAACACGGUAACCCUCCACACUCUGCCUGCCGGCGCUCAGACCUUCACCCGAUAUAUCACCACCAUGGUGGGGGCUGAUGGCAAGACGGAGACCCUGACGCUGCACCCUUCCCAGGGGCUGACGCUGGUGGGCACCACCCUCCAGGACCCCAAUCAGCUAGGAGGAACCAUGAUGAGUCCCAUGGAGCUGGUCCAACUCACCCAGGGAGGGGUGACCGACGGUGGGGAGAUGAUGGUGGAGCAGCCCAUGGGCCAGGUUGUGGAAGGUGGGACAGUGGUACUCCACCAGGAGGAGAUGGGGAUGGUACAGGAGGGAUUGGUGGAGGACAAAAGCCAGGCACACACCACCGUGAUUGAGAUCGACCCCGCGCCGGGCAACAAUGACCAGACCAUGGGGGCGGCGAUGGAGCUACAGCUGGCCCAAGAAGGAGAGGCCGAGGCUGGGGAGGAGGGCUCUGCCAUAGUGGUCCAUGGUGGGAUGGAGGUGACCAUGGGGGAGGUGCUCGAGGCUGGGCAGCAGAGCCAGGUAGAGGGAGUACAGCUGGAUGCUAAUGGGCAGAUCUCAGGCCUAAGGAUAAUGGUGAUCGAGGAGGAGACUCAGGAAGAGGACAAGGACAAAUGACCCAGCUCUGCUCUGCAGACAGAGACAAUACCCUCUCCUCCCUCUGGAGCCAUGUGAGACAGUAGGUAUGGACUAGCCUGGUCCCAGAUCUGUUUGUGCUGUCUUGUCAACUUGCUGUGACAAUGAUCGUAGGAGCUGGCAAGAUGGCACAAACAGAUCUGGGACCAGGCUAGGGAUGGACUCAUGGACAGAACAUAAAAGAGCAGGCAGACUCGUGGAGUGUACACAGCUGCCAAAGACCUAGCCUUCUUAGAGUAGCUGUGGUCCUUAGAGCUUAUUUUCAUUGUUGUUUCGUUAGUUUUUAUUAAAACAAAAUUACAACACAGCCAGGCACACUAUCUUAUAUUGUUUGUUUUGUAACGCAUUUGGAUGACUUCAACUUGAAGAAGACAUCCAAAUACACUUUUCAGAAGACAUCCCAGGACAUUGGGCUAGUUAUAAAGGCGCUUGAGAUUGGUAUGAAUAACAGUCUAGUGUUGUAUUCAAGGUGUUACCCUUUUGCUGUGUGUGUGGGUGGAGCUAGAGGUCUACUGUGGGAUGAUAGCAACAGUUCUAAAACAAAGUCUGCUCUAUGCUGCACAUUUCUUUCAAAAAUAGAAAGCAUACCACUUCCUCUUUGCAGCUUUUGGGAUGAAGUCUUUUCUGCAGUUUUUGUUAAACAAAACAAAGAUAGUAUAUUGUUGAGCUCACCAUUGUCAGUUCUAAGCUUUUUAGGCUUUUUCUUUUCAAGAUUUGCAUUAUAUUUCACCCUGAUUUUCUGUAUGGUGACAAAUGCAGUAUGUAUUGUAUAUGCAAGCUCCAUAGAGAAAAACACAUUUCUUUGCUCCAUUGCAUUUUUUUUCCCUCUGUGUAUGAUUUUUAGCAUGUGAUUAUUUUAGCAAAAAGGUUUUAUAUAGAUAGAAAUGGACCUAAAGUUAAAGUAUGACCAAGAUGGUUAUGUAAGUCAAAGAAUAAUGACAGGGACUCUAAUUUCAAGCUGAACAAAAUGCUGUAACACUUUAGGAAGGGAGUAUACAUACGGCAUUCAUAACACCUUUUAUGAAACCUUUCAUAACCAUUCACUAGCCUGCACUUGCUUUGUCUAGGGGUCCUAGGCCUAGUUACAUGGUCUGUAACCUGAAUGAAUGGGUGCAUUUAUGUGAGAAAUCAGCGUUUGAGGCAGCAGGUAGCCUAGCGGUUAAGAGCGUUGGGACAGUAACAGAAAGGACGCUGGUUCAAAUCCCCGAACCGACUAGGUGAAAAAUCUGUCUGUGCCCUUAAGCAAGGCACUUAACCAUAAUUGCUCCUGUAAGUGUCUGCUAAAAGACUCAAAUGUAAUGGUACCUAUAUUAGUGUUGCAGUAUCAUUCAUAACAACCUUCAUAACACAUUUAUUCAACAUCAGCCUUAUGUACACCCCCUUCAAGCAAAGUGUUACCCAACUGCUGCCUAGAACAAAUAACAAAAGUUCUUACUCAGUUUCUUUUACUCAUAAUAACAGACACAGAAGUACAGUGCUGAGACCGAAAUUAAUAAAUCCAUUCAAUUAUUUUGGUCAAUGAAUGUGAACAAAGUUGCAGGGUACAUUUUAAGUUAACUUAAAUCUGUAAUGACCUGUUCUGUAGCUAACUUUUCAAGCCUUGAGUUAACAGAGGGUAUUUCCAUAAUGACUUUGUAAUCUGUUUUAAUAGUAUUAAAAUAAAA